CCAAAAACCCCUCCAAAACCUCCACAUUUAUUAUCCUUCUCUCUGUAAAUUUCUCCCACUCAAAAGCUUUCUCCCACCCCUCCAAUGGCGGAAUUUCAACCUCCGUUCCCAUUUUCCUUCGAUUUUCCACCUUCUUGAUUCAUUCCCCACUCCACUACCCCCUCUUUCUCACGCUAUACUCUUCAAUGGCUUUACUUUCACCCGCACCGGACGUUUCCACUUUCAGACCUCUAGUAGCCUUCAGACUCGGCUCAUUUCCCAGGCAAUGGAGGCUCUUCAACCGUAACUGUACUCUCCGACGCUGCCCUAAGCGAUGCAUUUCUGUCACUAAUGUCGUCUAUGCCGAAGAUGUUAUGGUUCCCGGCACCGCUAAAUCGGCGAGGCGGAGAGAGCAAAUUGAGCUUGAGCGUGACUCUAUUUCGAUUCUCAAUGAAAGAGUUCGCCGUUAUCAUGGCAAGAGGGAGUCUUCGAGGACGGCUAUGGACGCCGAGGAGGCUGACCGGUACAUUCAGAUGGUGAAGGAGCAGCAGCAAAGGGGGCUGCAGAAGUUGAAGGGGGAUAGGCAGCGGAAUGAGAGCGAUGGCUUUAAUUACAAGGUUGACCCUUACACGCUUCGUUCGGGGGAUUAUGUUGUGCACAAGAAGGUCGGUAUUGGCCGAUUCGUUGGGAUUAAAUUUGAUGUUCAGAAGGGUUCUACGGAGCCUAUCGAGUAUGUGUUCAUAGAGUAUGCUGAUGGGAUGGCGAAGCUUCCUGUUAAACAGGCGUCUCGAAUGCUUUAUCGAUAUAAUCUCCCAAAUGAAACAAAAAGACCUCGGACAUUGAGCAAAUUAAAUGACACUAGCACGUGGGAAAAGAGAAAGACCAAAGGAAAGGUUGCAAUUCAGAAGAUGGUUGUUGACUUGAUGGAACUGUAUCUACAUAGGUUGAAACAGAGAAGGCCUCCAUACCCAAAGUGUUCGGCAAUGGAGGAUUUUGCCGCUCAGUUUCCUUACGAGCCUACAGUGGACCAAAAGGAGGCUUUCAGUGAUGUCGAGAAAGAUUUGACAGAGAGGGAAACUCCUAUGGACAGAUUGAUUUGUGGAGAUGUUGGCUUUGGUAAAACUGAAGUUGCAUUGCGUGCAAUCUUCUGUGUAGUUUCAUCAGGAAAGCAAGCUAUGGUUCUAGCACCAACGAUUGUCCUUGCCAAACAGCAUUUUGAAGUUAUCACUCAGAGAUUUUCUUCAUUUCCCGAUGUCCAGAUUGGACUUCUGAGCAGGUUUCAGACAAAAGCAGAGAAAGAGAAACAUCUAGACAUGAUCAAAGAAGGUCAAUUGGACAUUAUUGUUGGGACUCACUCACUCCUUGGAGAUCGUGUUGUGUAUAAUAAUUUAGGGCUUCUGGUUGUUGAUGAGGAACAGAGGUUUGGUGUCAAGCAGAAGGAGAAAAUUGCUUCUUUUAAAACCUCAAUUGACGUUCUUACUCUCUCUGCAACUCCCAUACCACGGACCCUGUAUUUAGCUUUGACUGGAUUUCGCGAUGCCAGCUUGAUUACAACUCCACCUCCGGAAAGAGUUCCAAUAAAAACCCAUCUCUCAUCAUUCAGUAAAGAAAAAGUGAAAUCAGCUAUUAAAUAUGAGCUGGAACGUGGAGGCCAAGUUUUUUAUGUUUUACCUCGAAUUAAAGGACUUGAGGAAGUGAAGGAUUUUCUUGAGGCUAGUUUUCCAGACAUUGAAAUAGCUCUUGCUCAUGGAAAGCAAUACUCAAAGCAACUUGAAGAAACGAUGGAGAAUUUUGCACUUGGUGAUAUUAAGAUUCUUAUAUGCACAAAUAUUGUUGAAAGUGGUCUGGAUAUCCAAAACGCUAACACCAUCAUUGUUCAGGAUGUUCAACAAUUUGGGUUAGCACAAUUGUACCAGCUGCGUGGAAGGGUGGGACGGGCAGACAAGGAAGCUCAUGCAUACUUGUUUUAUCCAGACAAGUCCCUGCUAUCUGAUCAAGCACUGGAAAGGCUUGCAGCCCUUGAAGAAUGCCGUGAACUCGGGCAAGGUUUCCAACUCGCAGAGAGAGACAUGGGCAUAAGAGGCUUUGGUACCAUCUUUGGUGAACAACAAACCGGUGAUGUUGGAAAUGUGGGCAUUGAUCUAUUCUUUGAAAUGCUUUUCGACAGCUUGUCUAAGGUUGAUGAACACCGGGUUGUCUCUGUCCCAUACCAGUCAGUUAAGAUUGAUGUAGAUAUUAAGCCUCAUUUGCCUUCUGAGUACAUUAAUUAUUUGGAGAAUCCCAUGAAAAUAAUUAAUGGAGCUGAGAAAGCUGCUGAGACAGACAUUUGGGCUCUAAUGCAAUUUACUGAAAAUUUACGCCGUCAACAUGGAAAAGAGCCUUACUCCAUGGAGAUUCUCUUGAAGAAGCUUUAUGUGAGGAGAAUGGCAGCGGAUCUAGGAAUUUCCCGGAUAUAUGCUUCUGGAAAGACUGUUUGCAUGGAAACUAAAAUGAAUAGGAAAGUUUUCAAGUUGAUAACCGAUUCAAUGACAUCAGAGGUGCAUCAAAAUUGUUUAUCUUUUGAGGAACAUCAUAUUAAGGCUGGACUUCUCUUAGAGCUACCUAAAGAACAACUGCUAAAUUGGAUCUUCGAGUGCUUGGUCGAACUUCAUGCUUCCCUCCCAGCCUUAAUCAAAUACUAGCUCUUGGUACAGCGGGUCUUACGAUAAUGGACAUAUUUGCUUAAUAAGAGGUUUCUACAUGCAUAUAACAUCCAUUUAUCAGGCUUGUUUUGUUAAAAGCCUGAAAUAUAGACUUGGCCUCCAACGAUCGCUGAUCACGAAGCCUUCGACGUGGAAAAUCUCAGGUCUUAGUGCAUUAAUCAUGUCAUAACAUGCAGUACCAAGCAAAAGUAUAUUACAUUUUGUUAGUAAGUUGGAACAAGCUGAUGGAAAUCACUCUAGAGAAUUGUUUCAAGGAUCACAGGCUGGAAGUUAUCUUCCCAGAAUAUCUAGCAGUGCCCCGGAUCUGCUCGUGAUACACGAUAUCGAGACUCGAGAAUGGCUAACACUCCACUCCCCAGGUCACAAUUUUUCUACUGCCUUGUAUUUCUACAAAUGAAGUUUCAGUGUUUGGUCAGGAUCACAGUUCUGUUUUAUUCUGGCCAUAAAUUUAACUUGUAAUUCUUUACAAAAAAUUUUAUAUGAAAAGGGGGUGUGUUGUAAAGAAAUUUUCACUGAACCAACAAGCAUAGAGUUAUUUUUUAGUCACAGUAAUUAAUUUGGUUCCACCAUAUGGACACAUUUGGCUACAAAAUAGUGAAAUUUUUUUAUUUUAUUGUA